AUGUGUGUGAUCCAGCUCAUCAAGCUCGACACAGCCCUACCAGACACCCCUACCGGACACCCCCAUCAGACACCCCCAUCGGACACCCCCAUCAGACACCCCUACCGGACACCCCCAUCAGAAACCCUCAUCAGACACCCCUACAGGACACCCCUACAGGACACCCCCACCGGACACCCCCAUCGGACACCCCUGUCAGACAACCCCAUCAGACACCCCUACCGGACACCCCCAUCGGACACCCCCAUCAGACAACCCCAUCAGACACCCCCACCGGACACCCCCAUCGGACACCCCUGUCAGACAACCCCAUCAGACACCCCUACCGGACACCCCCAUCAGACACCCCAUCAGACGCCCCUACCGGACACCCCUAUCAGACACCCCUACAGGACACCCCUACCGGACACCCCCACCGGACACCCCCAUCGGACACCCCUGUCAGACAACCCCAUCAGACACCCCUACCGGACACCCCCAUCGGACACCCCCAUUGGACACCCCCAUCAGACACCCCCAUCAGACACCCCUACCGGACACCCCCAUCAGACACCCGCACCGGACACCCCCAUCGGACAUCCCUGUCAGACACCCUACCGGACACCCCCAUCAGACACCCCUAUCGGACACCCCCAUCAGACACCCCUAACGGACCCCCCCAUCAGACACCCCUACCGGACACCCCCAUCAGACACCCCCACCGGACACCCCCAUCAGACACCCCUACCGGAUACUCCCAUCAGACACCCCCAUCACUACAGAACGUACCAGGGUCAUCAUCAGAAACGGCACGAUACUGAGAGGGAGGAGGCAUGA